ACACGCGGGUCGUCCUCCUUGUAGAACGUUUGUCGAUCAAUAUGAAGUGGAUUGUGCCUUUUCUGGUGGCCUUUGUGCCCAUGGUAGUGGCAGCGGAUGCAACGAAAGAGUUGUUGACCAAUCUGCCUGCUUGUGCAGCCCCUUGUUAUGAGGAUGCCAUCACGAAGUCGGAGUGCAAAUCGAGCGACGUGAAAUGCGUAUGCUCGACCCAAGUCAUCAUCCAAACAGCAGAGGCAUGCGCCGCCCAAGCAUGUCACGUCAGAGAUAGUCUGACAACGCUCAACAUGACAUACACCUACUGCGAAGUCCCCGUCCGAAACAAGACCCCCAUCUUCAUCAACGUCACAAUCGUCCUCGGCGUAAUAUCCGGCGUCGCAACCGCCCUUCGUCUCUGGUCCAAAUUCUUCUUCACCAAAACGGAACUCGGCCUCGACGACCUCUUCAUAGUGCUCACGCUCUUCAUCGGCAUGCCCUCCACAGCCAUGAACAUCCACGGAACCGCCGGACACGGAGAAGGUCGCGAUAUCUGGACACUAGAGUUUGAUGACAUAACACAGUUUGGGUUUUACUUUUGGUUACUGGAGAUAUUCUACUUUGCCCAGGUUUCGCUGCUCAAGACGUCAUUGUUGUUCUUUUACCUGAGGAUCUUUCCGGGUACGGCGCAAAAGUUGCUAUGGGGGACUAUCAUUUUCAAUAGUGUUUUUGGCGUUUUGUUUAUGUUUUUGGCGGCGUUUCAGUGUACGCCUGUGAGCUAUUUCUGGUUGAAUUGGGAUGGAGAGCAUAAGGGAACAUGCAUGAACUCAACUGCCAUCGGCUGGGCCAAUGCAUCUAUCAGUGUUGCUGUGGAUGUAUGGAUGCUUGCAGUUCCAAUGUGGUAUCUGAGGAAACUCAAACUGCAUUGGAAGAAGAAGAUUGGUGUCGCCGCCAUGUUUAUCGUCGGAACUUUUGUCACCGUCGUGAGCAUCAUUCGUCUCCAAUUUCUCGUCGAUCUCGGCUCAUCUCACAACCCAACAUACGACCAAACCGACAUCUCCAUCUGGUCAACGGUUGAAAUCAACGUCGGCAUCAUCUGCGCAUCCAUGCCCGCUCUUCGCGUGAUCCUCGUGCGUAUGUUCCCCGCUCUUGGAGGCUCAUCCUACGAUUCGAGCAAGUACAACAACUAUGGAGAACAUUACGGACGGAAAUCACAUAUCAUGAGUCGAAGUCGUGCUCGUGUGGAGUUACCUUCUCAUACGGGUGAUUCUAUACAUACACCUGAGCAUGGAGGGAUUGAGCUGCAGAGGACCUUCCACGUGCAGUAUAGUGAGAAUGAUGAGCAGAGUCUUGUUAAUGGGGAGACUCAUGCUUGCAACCGAUCGUAUCUAAAAGGAACGCUUUCACUUUUGUUCCCACCAAAGACAAAUCUGAAAGUAAAGCAAAGAUCGAGAAAAUUUCAAAAAGUCAAAGACAACAUGGGCAACUCUCUUAUCAAGGGAGCGGUCAUCACUAUUCAGCCACUAUCACAAGUUUCACCGAUCGACCAUGGCAGCGAUGUGUUUCGGCAAUUUGAAACUUGCAGAGAAUCCGUAAAUGGCCACCUGAAUAAAUAUUUCGGGCAUAUCGGACAUGAAAAGAGCCAUGACGACCCUCCUGGACUUUGUGCCAGACCUCUUCAGUCCUGGGGAUCAGAAGCAGAUCAGGAUGCCCAACUCACACAAACCAACGCUAUAAAAGAUCUUAUCAAACUCGACGACAUUCUUGAACAAAUAAAAAGACAGGAGCGGCCUUAUAUCAAGGCUAUAUCUCCUAUCAUCAUUGCAUGGAUGGCAAUUUGCUUCACCUUGCCAUAUGCCACCUCGCAAGGUGAUCUAUCUGUCUUUCUCAAGAUUGGUGCUGUUUCAGGAACUCUCAUGAUCACAUUUCAGCUGGUUCGCAAGUUUCUGCAGCUGGAAAAAACUACCCCUUUGCAGCACAAACUUUAUUUACAUACAGGGUUUCGACCGUAUCAUAUCAUGAAUAUCAUACUUGGCCGUCGUCUCAUGUGCUCAGAUCUUCAGCCCUAUGCCACCUGCGACCCGAGCCAGCCCCCAGGGAUAUAG